GAGAAAACGCCUGACCCCAGCCCCGGGGCCUUUCCCGUGCAAUCCCUUUCUUCCUGCAGGUCCUUCUCCUCUAGCCUUUCAGACACCUGCGCCUCCCUCCACUCGGUCCCGGGGCCGCCCCGGCGCUGUGUCCGCCAUGUGGCUCCUGCCUCUGGCCCCAACUGGGCCCCGGCGGGACAACCCCCGUCACCUGCCUUCCUGCAGCCCAGCGCUGCUGCUGCUGCUGCUGCUGGGCAGCUGCCUGGGGGUCUCUGGGGUGGCGGCGGGUUCUCGGAGGCCCAAUGUGGUGCUGCUCCUCACCGACGACCAGGACGAAGUGCUCGGCGGCAUGACACCACUAAAAAAAACCAAGGCUCUCAUUGGAGAAAUGGGGAUGACCUUCUCCAGUGCUUAUGUGCCAAGUGCUCUUUGCUGCCCAAGCAGAGCCAGUAUCUUGACGGGGAAGUAUCCACAUAAUCAUCACGUUGUUAACAACACUUUAGAGGGAAACUGCAGUAGUAAGUCUUGGCAGAAGAUCCAAGAACCAAAUACUUUCCCAGCAAUUCUCAGAUCAGUGUGUGGUUAUCAGACCUUUUUCGCAGGGAAGUACUUAAACGAGUAUGGAGCCCCAGAUGCAGGUGGACUAGAGCAUGUUCCUCUGGGCUGGAGUUACUGGUACGCCUUGGAAAAGAAUUCUAAAUACUAUAAUUAUACCCUCUCUAUCAAUGGGAAGGCACGAAAGCAUGGUGAAAACUACAGUGUGGACUACCUGACAGAUGUUCUGGCUAAUAUCUCUUUGGGCUUCCUGGACUACAAAUCCAACUCUGAACCAUUCUUCAUGAUGAUCUCCACACCAGCACCACACUCGCCUUGGACAGCCGCGCCUCAGUACCAGAAGACCUUCCAGAACGUCUUUGCACCAAGAAAUAAGAACUUCAACAUCCAUGGAACGAACAAGCACUGGUUAAUUAGGCAAGCCAAGACCCCAAUGACUAACUCUUCAAUACAGUUUUUAGAUAGUGCCUUUAGGAAAAGGUGGCAGACUUUAUUGUCAGUUGAUGACCUUGUGGAGAAACUAGUCAAGAGAUUGGAGUUCAAUGGGGAACUUAACAACACAUACAUCUUUUAUACCUCAGACAAUGGCUAUCACACAGGACAGUUUUCUUUGCCAAUAGACAAAAGACAGCUGUAUGAGUUUGACAUCAAAGUUCCACUGUUGGUUCGAGGACCUGGGAUCAAACCAAAUCAGACAAGCAAGAUGCUCGUUGCCAACAUUGAUUUGGGUCCUACUAUUUUGGACAUUGCUGGAUAUAACCCAAAUAAGACACAGAUGGAUGGGAUGUCUUUAUUGCCCAUUUUGAGAGGUGCCAGUAAUCUGACGUGGCGGUCUGAUGUCUUGGUGGAGUAUCAAGGAGAAGGCCGUAAUGUCACCGACCCAACAUGUCCUUCCCUGAGUCCCGGAGUAUCUCAAUGCUUCCCAGACUGUGUCUGUGAAGAUGCUUACAAUAACACCUAUGCCUGUGUGAGGACCAUGUCAACACAGUGGAAUUUACAGUAUUGUGAGUUUGACGACCAGGAGGUGUUUGUGGAAGUCUACAACCUGACUGCAGACCCCGACCAAAUCACGAACAUUGCUAAAAGUAUAGACCCAGAGCUUUUGGGGAAAAUGAACUACCGGCUAAUGAUGUUACAGUCCUGUUCUGGACCAACCUGUCGCACUCCAGGUGUUUUUGACCCGGGAUACAGGUUUGACCCUCGUCUCAUGUUCAACAAUCAUGGCAGUGUCAGGACUCGAAGGUUUUCAAAACAUCCUCUGUAGCGACCUCUGCAGUUGGGUCCCAGCACACCUCUGUCUGAUGAAGUGAUUGUAGUAGGUUUCUGUAGCUAGUCCUCAAGACCACGCCUUGAAGAGUUUCUGGACUGGCUCUAAGUCCUGUUUGAAAAAGCAACCCAAUCAGCUGACUUCCUUGUGCAAUGUGUUAAACUGUGAACUCCGCCCACACGUCAGGAAUGGCUGUCCCUUCAUUCACCUAAUAACCAGUGCUCCUGAGGUCUUUGUCCUCACCCACACCCUUUCUGUCCUGGGGUCACAGUUCUUGAUUAUUCCCCAUGUGGUCAUAGUCUGAAUUACUUGCUUGGGGGCAGAGGGGUGGUUUACAGCUUAACCACUUCACUAUCAAAAAUACCAACAUCACAUGGCUUGAAGAAUAACCCUCAGAGCUGAAUCAUCAGAGCAAGAACAAGUACCGCCAUUUUCAGAUUAGUAGAAAUACAGUGUGUAUAAUACCCAUCACAAUGUAAUAAGGUCACAAGUUCAAAACCUGUCAGCCAAGCACGGUUCGUGUUGUUUUGGGUUUUUUGUUGUUGUUGCUUUUUAUGCAUUCUGGGCUGAUGCUACACUUAAAUAGAACAGUUUUUGGUACAGGCUAAUAAUUCGAGGUAGUUCUAAAAGUGAAAGCCGUGGACUUCCUGGUGGCUGCUAACCACAUGGAGUACCAGUCAACAGAGGUAUCAAGGGAAUGUUUCUUCUCCUGAUAAUUACUCCUCUGAGAUCCCAAAAACAAAAUGGCUUAGGUAUCCUAUCCUAAUAUUUCUCAGUAGAGGAAAAGAACUUCCAAGGGUUGGUGAAGGUUGCAUUUUCUGAGGGCCUUCUACAGACGGGGCUCUUGGGUGGACAGGUUGAAGGGCUACUGUUGGGAUUUAGUAAGUGCCUGUCUAGCAGGGAGCCUGGGUUUCAAUUUUGACUCUCUGCAUUUUGUGGACAUUGUGUUCAUUUGUUACAGUUUUUACAAAGUUCCAAUUGCUUUACCCUACCUUGUUCCCUUUUAGAGAAGUUCUUCUGGAGGGUUUGGAGUCUUGCAUAAUUUGAGCCGCAUUCACUGUUCCCCCUGGCAAAGCCAGACCUUGUUGAGGUUUCCUGUAUAGAACACCUACAUUUGUAUGUUUCUGGGCUCAAAGACCAAUCCCGUUUCUACUGUUUUCUUCACAAGAAAGUUAUCUGUGGUGGGACAGCAGGGGGAGGAGGAAGAGCUGUGGUUUAUAACCUGUUCAACUCAGGCAUUAGUGAUUUUAGCUUUAUGUAAGGUCUUAGGUUGAGCUUUAAGCACUUUGUAACACAUGGCUGUAAACAACUUCUCUAUCAACUCUAGAGAGCCAUGUUGGGUUAAUAGCCAUUGGGUUUAUUCCUUUACCUCAUGCAAUCCCAGUAACUGUGGUGGUAUUUAGAGGUGAAAGAGGCAAGUGAAAGAACACCUCUGCUGUGAAUGUUUUAGGGAAAGAAAUUCUAAAUAUUUUGUAACUAAAAGCAAACUACACUGUUAAAUAUGGGUAUUAGCUUUAUUCUACACUUUGAUUCUUAACAUUAAUCAGUCAACUUCUACCUUAAUGAAAGUUGACCAUAGUUAUUCCCGAAUAAAAAGGCACCAAUACUUA